AUGCAUUUGACAAUCCCGGAGAAGUAUCGUGACAGUUUGGAGCUCAUAGAGCCAACUGAUCUCCGAACUGAUGAAGAAAUCUUGGCAACCUUCUCAGAAUACAAGCCCGUCACUGGUGAAAAGAAUGUCUGGGCCUAUUGGCAUGCCGGAGUGCAGAAUAUGCCUAACUGGAAUAAAAGAAAUGUCGCCGACUGGGUUCGGCUCCUGGGUCCCGAGUGGACUGUCCGUGUCGUGGACAAUUUACCUGGCUCAGUUAACAAUGUCCUUCAAUACGUUUCCAAGGACCUUUUUCCAUCGGCCUUUGUGAGCAAUACUAUGGAUGGUCAAUUUGUGGGUCAACAUGGAUCUGACUUGUCACGGACGGCUUGCUUAUACGAGUAUGGUGGAGUAUACAUGGAUGUCGGGAGCCUCCUUAUUCAACACCUCGACCGUGUCUGCUGGAACGAGAUUGGAGACUCUAACUCGCCAUACAGAGUCGCUUUGCCAAUGGUCUGGCCCCUCCUCGCUGGAAACUAUUUCAUAGCAGCUCAAAAAAAGGAUCCUUUCAUUUAUUCAUGGCAUCGCCUCCUGCUACACCUUUGGGGUGAUAGCACCCGCAUGGAAGGAGGUGUCAACCAUCCUUUGAUCGAGCUGAUCGCACCUACGGUAUUCGAGCACAUGGACCCAAAGUUCAACUUAGACUGGAAUGAUAUAAACCUCUCCGUGGUAUAUGCCUCGCAAAUGGCAUGCGCUACCCGGCUUUUCUGUCUCGAGGAAAACGAUGAAGGGUUCUCGGGCGUUGAUUACUACCGAAAUCACAUUCUCGCUUUGUCUGGGGAACUCGAUUUCGCGCGCGCAGAAUACGCAAGGGGAAUGCCUGGAUUCGGCCCUUUUGCUCUCGGAGUCCUGACUCUUCCAUACUCAGGACCGGAUGCAGAUCCGACCUCUGAAAAGUACAAGGAUGCCGAGGACAUGAUUUGGGAUCUUCUGGCAAAUGCUACUAUGUGGAAGAUCUACCACGCCAAGAACUUGACUCUCACACCCCAUCUGGGAAUUUUAUUGGAUCUGCCUGAGAAUGAAGGCAAGGAUGCGCUCCCUGGUAGUUUUGGUGAACUUCUUCGGUAUGGAACAUUGCAUCUUCGCCAAACGAGGGAACGCUCUGCGAGACCGGAGAAGGUGGAGCCAAGUCAAACUUGGAAGAAGGGAAUUAUUGAGCCGUAG